CUUAGUUUAUUCGGAGCGUGUCAAUACUGAGUACGUCUGGAUACGCCUACGGAACGCGAUUUACGACAUCUGUCAAGUUAAACAGAUCUCUGAUUUCCAGGUUUUAGUGCAUUCUUUCAUGAAUACUGUGAAUUUUGUGUAACGUAAGUGUUGUUACAAUGCUAGUGCGUGAUAUACAAUGGUUUUAGUUCUAAUGUAUUAAAGCUAUACGUAUAUAAUGAUAGAAAUUCGCUGUGUUGUUGUAUUUGGUGUGCUAGUUCAUUGAAGGUAUCUGGCGAGGAUUUUACACCGUUGGGUUUUCGGAUUAAAAAUACGCACAAUUCGUUGCCGCCAUGUUCAACUUCAUGAAGAAAUCGAGUGUCCUCGCGCACGACUCUGGCGGCUGCGAGGAGCGCGACGGGGACAAGGACAGGAGAAAGAAGGAGAAGAAGGAACGCAAAGAGAGGGAGAAGAGAGAGCGGAUAGCGGCUGGACUCGAAGAGCCGCUACGAUUGGAAGAGGUUAGGCGGUCUCUGAAAUUACGUGGCCGACGUAAAGAAAAGGAAAAACUACCCUCCGGCAUCACAGCCGACUACACCGCGUCUCUGUUCGCCCAUCUCGAGCAAGAUUCGAAUUAUUCCACCUAUCCGAUCAUUUCAACCUCGGGCUCCAAUUCCAAUCUCAGUGAUGAAAACAACCACCUCUCCCCCGGAUACCCGACUCCGAUUAAUAAUUGGAACAAAAAGGAAGGAGUAUUGCAAUCCGACAGUUCGGAGACUUCACUAAAUUCCUUAAAUAAUCCGAAUAAUACCAACAGCAGUCCCCGACAGGCGCAGAAUCUACCUCCGAUACCACCGCGACCGCCGAAACGUGGAAUCCUCAAAGGACCGCGUUUAAGCAAUACUAGUUCUAAUUCUCAGGAAAGCAGCGUUCAUAAUACCGACACGGUUGACUACAUAAACGGUCAAGACACGAAUGUUGUGGCACGAAAUACGCAACAAAACGAAGUCAUUUCUUAUGGAAUUCCGCCAUCAAAGAGCACCUCGUCCAGUGAUGAUAAUCAACAAAUACAAAACUUUACCAAAAAAGUAAUUCAUAGUCCUAUAGAAAAUCAAUAUAAAAACUAUAAAAACAAUGCCAACAACCCAUCAAUUACAACCCAGGAUGUUGAUGAAGCACCAAAGACAAAUGGCAACAACUAUCUCGGCGUCACUUCGACGUCGCCGAGUGCCGAUUCCUUAACAGAUACUACCACAAAUUCAUCAUUUGCUACACCACCAUUUUCCACCUCGCCUGUUGGGGAAUCUCAAGGCUUCCACAGAUGGUCCAGGACUAGCACGUUCGAUGAUGUGUACCUACCGUUACCGCCAUUAAAACCCUUGCAAUUACCGAAGCCUAGAACGCUGAUUAUCCAAAGACAGAAAGCACCUCGUAAUGAUUUCGGAUUCAGCCUUCGUAGGGCGAUGGUCCAAGAGAGAGUGUUUAUUGGUGACCUUAAAGAAUUGACUGGUCACGAAGAGAACGGACUAGCUAAUGGUGACAGUAAAUGCAAUGGCAAUGUCAUGAUAGUAUCCAAGUUGACGCAUAAAGCUGUGAUCCUUGCUGAACCUGGCUCGUACCCUGGCGCGAGUGAGACUGGGUUGCUGCCCGGAGAUAGACUAAUCGAAGUAAACGGUGUGAACGUAGAAGGAAAGAGCAGGGAAGAAGUGAUUGACCUUAUCAAGGGGAGCCAGGAUUCUGUUACCAUAAAGGUACAACCGAUAGCUGAGCUAUGCGAGUUGUCGCGUCGUCGCGCUGCUGAUGGUGUUGACGUGGACCUUUCUGACAGUAAUGUACGAGGUGGUACACUCAGCAGAUCUGGCAGUCGCAGGUUUAAUACCACCCAGGCAAAGUCGGAAGAGCAGUUGGCGUGCGAGAAAGAAUGGCUGGCGGCGGGUCACAUGUGGCUGGCGCAUCGUGGCGGGUUCACAGCCGUGGUGAGAGAAGGCGACGGCGACGCUGGCCGCGCCAAGGUCCGCGUGCUACAUACUGGAGAGACCCUCAUGGUUGAUGAAGAUGACCUAGAGAAGGCGAACCCACCUCAGUUGGAGCGCUGCGAAGACAUAGCGUCGCUGCGCUGCCUGAACGAGUGCGGCGCGUUGCACGUGCUGCGCUCGCGAUAUGCUGCGGGCCUGCCGCACGCGCGCGCUGGUCAUGCGCUCCUGGUACUCGGACCACCGAGACGGACCGCACCGAUUUACACGGAAAAGGUGGCAGCCAUGUUCCGCGGAUGCCGUGCGGAUGAUAUGCCUCCUCAUGUGUUCGCCGCGGCUCAGUCAGCACACAGAUGUAUGCUCGCUUCUAGACGAGACCGCGCUAUCGUAUUUUUAGGAAGGUCCGGUUCGGGUAAGACAUCAGCUAUGCGCCACUGCGUAUGGUACCUUGCGAGUGCGUACCCUGCGCAAGGCACGAAACUCACUCCCGAACGAUUGAAUGCGGCCUUCGAUGUUCUUCACGCGUUCGGAUCUAGUCGAACAAGUUCAAAUCCUCACGCGUCACGCUUCGUAUCGCUGACGUCAUUGGAUUUCGACGGCGGCGGUGCGCUCGUCUCCGCAUCUGUGCAGACUUUGCUUCCAGAUUUUAGACCUGGACAGUCGCCUCUAAGAGCUUUACACACAUUAUUCCACGGCAGCGACGGUCGUCUUCGUCGUGAGUUGCUGCUCGACCAAGCGCCGGUUAAUGCUCCCAAUCCCUUCCUCACUAGCACUGAUAAGGCAGAAGCACCCGCGGAAUUUUCAGCCCUUAAAGAAGCUCUCCACGCUCUCUCUGUUACUGAACCUGAACAAGCUGUUGUGUGGAAGAUUCUCGCUGCUAUAUGCCAUUUAGGAUGGUGUGGGGUUACAAAAGCGAAUGCGGGCUCAGGUCUGAAGUACCAGUUCGGCAGCAGCGGGUGCGCGAGCCGCGCGGCGCGGCUGCUGGGCGUGGCCGUGGAGGAGCUGUCGCGUGCCGUGUUCGCGCCGCCCGCGCCCGCGCCCGCCUCGCCGCAGUCCGCCACCGCCCUCAGAACGCCCUCUCCAUCGAGUGAUAGAGAAGUGCCCGGCUCCGAGGCAUUGGAUGCCUUCGUCACUGGACUGUACAAUGAGACGUUCAACGUCGUUGCUGCUCUUGUUAACAGGAGUUUAUCGACAUCUGCGAGGACGUCGGCGUCCAUCUUGCUGCUGGACACGCCCGGCGCAGACAACCCGAUGUGCGCCGGACAACAGAACGGAGCGCCGCUCUCCAAACUGCUCUCUAAUUAUUUACAGGAACGUUUACAAGCAGUAUUCCACGACGCCAUGCUGGUCGCGCCGAGGGAGAGGUACGCGCAGGAAGGCAUAGCUCUCGACGACGGCACUGAAGAAGAUUGGCUCUCGGAGACAGUGAAUCCUGGACCGAUGGUGGAGUUACUGGACAAAUCUCCACAGAACUCUAUUGUACGCAGUUCACAAGCUGAUUUGAGAGAUUGCGAUCGACGGGGAUUGUUAUGGCUUUUAGACGAGGAAUCGAUGUAUCCCGGUUCGUCUGAUGACUCUUUUCUAGAGCGUGCGCUGACGCACUACGGCGCGCCGCACCACACACACUACCUUAUCAAGAAAGCCCCGCAUGCUAGACAGUUUCUGUUGCAACAUUUACAGGGCACUAACCCCGUGCUGUAUGACGUGACGGGAUGGGUGAAAGCGAGCCGAGAGAACCCAGUCACGAAGAAAGCGCAUACCCUCCUACAGGAAAGUCAAAAUGAGGAUAUAGGGCGGUUGUCGUCGUGGUCGCGCGGCGCGUGCGGCGUGGGGGCGUGGUCCGCGGCCGUGGGGGACGCCUCCACGCUGCGCCGCGCCUCCUCCAUACGACGCACGCUCACUUCUGGUACAGCUGGUAUGAAGCGUCGCUCUACAGCGCUACAAGCGAAGUUUGUAGCGGACGGAGUAGUGGACACGCUGCGGCGCUGCGGCGCGGGCGGCGUGCAGUUCGUGUGCUGUUUGCUCACAAACCAGCCCACUGACACCAACGAUGACGUCAAUGUGCCUUUACUACGCUCACAGUUCCGUGGCUUUCAACUGCUUGACGCGGCCAGACUCUACAAACAAGGAUUCCCUGAACACAUGCCGUUGUCAGAAUUCGCAAGGCGGUAUCGUCUCCUGGCCACAUCGGAGAGUGAAACCCAAGAGAACGGUCAGCAGAGCGCGGCGCUGUCGGACAGGCAGAUUGUCGAUGACAUGCUGCUCGCGCUCGACCUCGACGUCACCAGCUACCGCCUCGGACUGACACAGAUUAUGUUCCGCGGCGGCGUGGUGGGUGGCCUGGACGCUCGCCGCGACGCCGCACUUGCCCGCGUACUUGUGCGCCUGCAAGCGCGGGCACGCGGCCUGCUGGCACGCCGUCGGGCGCAGCGCCUGCGGACACAACACACCGCAGCACGAUGCGUGCAACGCAACGUUCGCGCGUUCCUGGCGGUGCGCGACUGGCCGUGGUGGCGGCUGCUGGUGCGGGUCACACCACUGCUCGCCGUGCACAGGACGGAACACAGGCUCAAGCAAGCGCAGGAAGAGCUGGAAACUUUACGUGCCAAGUUGGAUAAAAUCGAAGGCGAGCGUACACACUACAAGGGAGAAACUGAAAAACUGGAAAAUAAGCUGUCAGAGGUGGGCGGUGAGUUAGCGGAGGAGCGCGCGGCGGCCGCGUUGGCCAGCGAGAGAGCUGACGCCGAAGCGGCCGAAAGGUUAAGAGUCGAGAGGGACAACAGAGAUCUGGUCGCAAACAACCAACGGCUACAGCAGGCGUCAGAGCGUCUAGAACUAGAAUUACUUCACUGGCGUUCCGCGGAGAACGGAGUCGAACCAUCGGAUUCCGAAGGCUCCGAAGCGGAGAGUGGUAUCGGCAGUGACAAGUACAAGCGACGCUACGAGCAGGCGCACAGGGAGCUGCAGUUACUACGCGCGCAGCUGCGCCGACAGCACGAGGAUGACCUGGAACAGCUGGUUACGGUCAAGAAGCAGCUGGAAAAGAAGGUACAAGAUGCAUACGAGGAGGUGGAAGAACAGCGCGCGGUGGCUGCAGGCUGGAAGCGCAAGCUGCAAAAACUUACAAAUGACAUGGCCGACCUCAGGUCUUUGUUAGACGAACAGACAUGCCGCAACAAUCUGCUGGAGAAGCGUCAGCGCAAGUUCGACGCGGAGCUGCAGGCCGCCAACGAGGAGCUGAAGCGGGAGCGCGCGACCCGCGAGCGACACGCGCGAGACCGCGACCAGGCGCUCGCUGACAAGUACGCGCUGGAGCAGAACCUCUCUGAAGCUCGUCUAGAGCUCGAGCUGAAGGAGGAGCGUCUUUGUGCGGCGACUCGCGAGCUGGAGGAGCGCGGCGGAGGAGGCGACGAGCUGGCCGCGCUGCGCCGCGCGCGCGCUGAUCUCGAGCGCAGGGUGCGCGACCAGGAGGAGGAGCUCGACGACCUCGCAGGGCAGAUACAGCUUCUUGAAAGUUCUAAGCUGAGGGUAGAAAUGUUGCUCGAGCAGCAGCGCAAGGAGGCGCGGCUGGAGGCGGCCGCGCGCGACGAUGAGAUGGAGGAGACUCGAGCUAACGCCGCCAAGAAACUAAAAAUGCUGGAGAGUCAGCUGGAGAGCGAGCACUCUGAGCGCAGCCUGCUGCUGCGCGAGCGACACGAGCUGGAGCGCCGCCUCGCCGCGCUGGAGGAGACAGCGCGCGCGGAGACGCACGAACAGGGACAGCUCGUGCAGCGCCUCAAGAGAGACUUGAAGAGAUACCGAGCACUACUACGCGAUGCUCAAACGAUGCUCGAACAAAAAGAAAAAGAAGGUGGCGCUAAGGCACAGAUACGACAACUGAAAAACCAAGUGGAGGAUUUGGAGCUAGCUCUCCGCGCGGCGAACAAGGCGCGCUCGACGGCGGAGGCGGAGGCGGCGGAGGCGAGCGCGGCGCUGGAGGAGGCGACGCGCGCGCGCGCCGAGGCCACGGAGCGCGCGCUGGCCGCCUCGCGCGACGCCGCCACCGCGCGCGCCGCGCUCGACGACGCAGAGGAGGAAGCAGCUGAGUUAAUGAAGAAGUACCGCAGCAGCACGAGCGCGCUGUGCGGCGCGCAGGCGGAGGCGCGCGAGGCGGCGGCGCGCGCGGAGGCGGCGGCGGAGGAGGUGGCGGAGGUGACGCAGCGGCUGGCGCACGCGGAGGCGGGACACACGCACGGACACAGCGAGGCCGAGCGACGACUCGACAUGAGGAACAAGGAGUUGGAAUCCAACUUGGAGCUGGAGGCGACGUCGCGCGCGCGGCUGGAGGGCCAGCUGACGCGGCUGCGGGACGCGCACGACGCGCUGGCCGGCGAGCUGGGCGCGGCGCGCGCACGCGACCUGCACGCUGCCGACGAGCUGCGCAAGCUGCAGCGAUCCAUCAGAGAACUGAAGGAAGAGAACGUAUCGUUGAACUCCCGGCUGAGCGAGGCGACGCGCGCGCGCGCUGCGGCGGAGGCGGCGGCGGGCGCGGCGGCGGGCGAGGCGGCGGCGGCGCGCGAGGAGGCGCGGCUGGCGGCGCGCCGCGCGCACGCGCUGCAGGAGGCCAUCGCCGGAGACCUCUCCAGCAACAACGACCGCGACUCCGACACAGAGAACGACAGCUACAGUUCGGACGAGUCGAUAGGCACGUUCCUCGCUAACCACAAGCUCAGCCCCUCCGCGCCUUCAAGGAACAGCCUUCAUCUCGACUCACAAAAGUCACAGACCCCAGAGGGUCGCCGGAGCCGCAGCAGCGCGGGCUCGCAGGGCUCGAAGCCGCAGAGCCCCGCCAAGGAGUCGUACGCAUAACCCGCGCCCGCCGCCGCCGGCCUGCUCACGAGCGCGCUGCCCCUGCUGUGCGCCGUGUUCUGCUCGCGGCAGCGCGACCCCCUCGCGCUACACUAGACACUCGCUGACACAACACACAACAUUCGUCUCUUGAUACAUUAAAACAAGAAGAACAUCCUGACGACAUCAUACGUUAAAAAUUUGUCAGUCUCAAACAGCCGUCAAAAUCGACAAAGAUUAAAAAUUAUUAAUUUGUCAAAGACGAAAAAUGUUGUAAACAGCUGACUUCAACGUCAAGUGUCAAUGUGACAGAUGUCACUCGCUAGUGUUUGGACAAUAGUGAUGUAUUUCGGAUCUUAUACGAUCUGCCAUGGUAAACUAAGUUUUAUAAAUUUCUAUGAGUAGGUACGUUUUCCAUUUUGAAUCGUUAGUGUGGUUAUAAUACGAUUAAUUCACUAUUUGUAAAGAAAGGAGAGAAAGCAGAUACUUAUACAAAUGGUGUAGUAAUAAUUAUUGGUCUAUUUGGCGUAUAAAGCUGCUUUAUUUAUUGGCAAAUAUAAGAUUAAAUUUCAGGAAUUUUUAAUCUGCUCAAAUGUUAGAUGUAGCAUUUGGAUAUGCUUUACAGUAAAAAAAUUGACUGACGAUUAGAUUGUUAAAAUGAAACAAUGUACUGAAAAUGAUUUUAACAAUAUUUUGUUUAUGACAGAUGGCGCUAGUUUUUAGCCAAGUUGAAUCAAACGAUAUAAGGAUAUUGUGUGUAAAGUAUGUAUGCAUUCCAAAAGAAUAUCUCUUAUGCUUCUUGGCUAUGUUUUAAAUAUACUUGAAUUGGAUAUAACCAGCGCCACUGAGUCAAACGCAAGGCCUCGACUUAUUUAUUUAGCUUAGAUAUGUUUCAUGUAGAGAAUCAUUAUUAAUGUGUUUAUGUAUUCGUUGUUGCGCUGCAAACAGUCAGUAUUUAGACGAUAUAGAAGUGGGAAAUCGAUGUAAUGUUAGGUUGAUUGUUAUUUAGUUAGCUAACUAUUGUAAAUAACUAGACCACAACUUUUUAUUAUUUAAUUUGUAAUUAUUCGUGUGAUCAGACUGUUAUUCUAUGAUUUAUUUGUUACACGAAAAUUGUUGCUUUUUUUUUAGAAAAUCAAUACAUAUCUAACAGAUAUUUAUAGUUACUGAACUUCCUCUUCCAUAUGCUUCUUUUGUUUUCAUGGAUUUUAGCUAGUAUAUGUAGUCUAAAUUAUAUACCCCAUGUAAUUGUAACUCCAUUUAUCUAAAAACCUCAUAUGUGUAUGUAAGUGUCUGUAAUCGCAAUUAUAAUAUAUAUGUUGAUAAUUUAUAUGUAAUGUAACGAUAAUGUGAUGAAAUGUUACUUCAUUCAAUAUUGGUUGUAAAAUGAAAUUAUUUAAUAAAGUAACAAAUAUAC